ACUACUCAAUUUAUUGUGGAUGCCUACCACUAUAUCAAUCAUCGGGUGUUAGAUUUUCUAUGCCGAAAAUAUUGUAAUCCCUCACCUGGAGAUGGAUCUGCUCCAAACCUUGUAGUCAUGGCAUAUGAUAAGAAUGGUAGAGCAUAUUUGAAGCGAGCAUUCAAUACACAGGUUUGUGAACAACUUAAUGCAUGGCUUUGUGGAUAUCAAUCAAUUCUCAAACGUAUGACACCUGGAAAUUUCAACUGGUUUUUACACACCAUGCUGUUCUAUCACACAAAGUAUGUCCUCCACAAACAAGAGAUGAAGAAAUCAGAUGAAGAUGAGGAGGAAAACUUAGGUUUAGAUGAAGAAGCUCAAGAUGAUGAGGACAACUAA